AUGCUCUCCUUAUUUAAAUUACUUUCUUUUCACUUAUAUUAUUCUCGUUUUUUUAAAUUGUAUAACUUCUUUUCACCAUAUCUUUUUAAUAUUCAGAUUUUUCUUCGGUUUUUCUCACAUCUUUUUUCACUUCCUCUUUCGCUUUUUCUCACAUCCUCAGUCAAUUCCGCUUUCACUUCUUGGGUUGAGAAUUCCUCUUUCAUUUCCUCUUUCUCUUCUCUCUCACUUUCUCUUUCACUUCUUUUUCAGUUUCUCUUUCACUUUCUCUUUCACUUCUUUCUAACAUCCUACAUCACUCCCUCUUUCACUUCUGUCUCACUCCCACUUUCACUUCUUCUUCCAAUUCUUUCUCACUUCCACUUUUUCAAUUCCUCUUACACAUCCUCUUUCACUUCUUUCUCACUCCCUCUUAACUUCUUCUUCCAGUUCUUUCUCACUUUUCACUUCCAUUUUCACUUCUUUCUCAUUUCUUGUUUCUCACUUACUCUUUCAAUUCUUUGUCACUUCCUCUUUCACUUCUUUUACAUUUCCUUUUUACUUCUUUUUCACUUCCUCUUUCACCUCCUCUUGCAUUUCUUUCUCACUUCCUAUUCCAAUUCUUUUCACUUCCUCUUUCACCUCCUCUUUCACUUCCUCUUUCACCUCCUCUUUCACUUCCUCUUUCACUUCUUUCUCACUUCCUAUUUCACUUCUUCUCCAAUUUCUCUUUCACCUCUUCUUUCACUUCCUCUUUCACUUCUUUCUAAACUGCCUAUUUCACUUCUUUUUCAAUUCCACUUUCACUUCUUUCUCACUUCUUAUUUCACUUCUUUUCCAAUUCCUCUUUCACUUCCUCUUUCAGUUCGUCUUUCCCUUCUCUCUCACUUCCUAUUUCACUUCUUUUUCACUUCCUCUUUCACCUCCUCUUUCACUUCGUCUUUCACUUCUCUUUCACUUCCUAUUUAA